UUGAAUCAAUUUCUUUUUUUCUUAUCCCGAAUCACAAAAUUAAUAACAGUUUCCGGCAGCUCUAAAACCCUAGCCCCGGCGUCCACUCGGCGCCGAUGGAAACCACCGAGUCACCACCGGAAUCCACCUCCAUCGUUCCUGCCUCCGCUCAGAACAAUACGAAUCCUGACCCCGCCGUUUCUCACUCCCCAUCCAAAUCCAUUUCCGACCAUAUGGAAAUCAACGAUCCCAUCCCAAUCGCCGAACCCCAACCCCAACCCCGCAAGAGGCGGCGCCGCCGCAAAAAAAUCUUCACGGAUAUGAUCUCCUCAACCGCAUCGCGUCUCCGCGUUAUCCGCCCCCACUCCAAACUCGCCGCCGCCGCCGAAGACAUCGACGACCCCCUCUCCGGCCACCAACGCAAGCGCAGAGGCGCCCCCGACCUCUCCAAGGAGGUCGACAUCGAAGCUCUCAUCGCAAUCUCCGUCGGAUUCCCCGUAGAUUCCCUGACGGAGGAAGAAAUUGAGGCGAACGUAGUCUCCCAAAUCGGUGGCGCAGAGCAAGCCAACUAUAUUAUCGUUCGAAACCACAUCCUCGCCAGGUGGCGAUCCAACGUCUCCGAUUGGCUCACAAAGGACCACGUACUCGAAUCGAUACGCAUCGAGCACAAAAACCUAGUCAACUCGGCCUACAAUUACCUUCUCCACCAUGGCUACAUAAACUUCGGUGUUGCCCCUGCUAUCGCCGCUGUCAAGACCAAAUUCUCCGGCGAAACACCAAAGGGAAGCGUAAUUGUAAUAGGCGCUGGUCUCUCUGGUUUAGUUGCUGCAAGGCAGUUGAUUUUUCUCGGCUUUAGGGUUGUUGUCCUCGAGGGUAGGUCCCGCUCCGGAGGCAGAGUUCGAACGAAGAAAAUGAGCGGAAGUGGCGGCAGUGUGGUGGGUGCCGCCGAUUUAGGCGGCAGUGUGCUGACCGGAAUCAACGGAAACCCGUUGGGAGUUUUGGCACGGCAGCUCGAGUUCCCUCUUCACAAGGUGAGAGAUAUCUGCCCCUUGUAUUUACCCAACGGUAGAACGGUCGAUUCCGAUGUCGAUUCGAAAGUAGAGGUCUCGUUUAAUAAGUUAUUGGAUAGGGUUUGUAAGCUAAGGCAGGGCAUCAUGGAUGAGAUCAAGAAUGUGGACAUUUCUUUAGGAACAGCUUUAGAAGCAUUUAGGCGUGUGUACAAAGUUGCAGAGGAGCCGUUCGAACGGAUGCUAUUGGAUUGGCAUUUAGCAAAUCUCGAAUACGCUAAUGCCACACUCAUGUCGAAUCUUUCCAUGGCUUUUUGGGAUCAAGAUGACCCGUACGAAAUGGGCGGAGAUCACUGUUUUAUACCUGGCGGUAAUGAAAGGCUAAUUAGAGCAUUAGCAGAGGAUCUUCCGAUUUUUUUUAACCGUCCAGUGGAGAGUGUGAGAUACGGAAGUGACGGGGUUAUAAUACACGCAGGGGGGCAAGAGUAUCAAAGUGAUGUAGUGCUUUGUACAGUGCCGCUAGGUGUGCUCAAGAAGGGCACAAUUGAGUUUUCACCGGAGCUUCCUCAAAGGAAAAAAGACGCAAUCGAAAGAUUAGGGUUUGGGUUAUUGAAUAAAGUUGCGAUUUUGUUCCCGUACGAUUUCUGGGGUGGAGAAAUCGAUACGUUUGGGCAUUUGACAGAGGACCCUAAUAUGAGAGGGGAGUUCUUUCUCUUCUACAGCUACUCGUCGGUAGCAGGUGGGCCCCUCCUCAUUGCUCUUGUGGCUGGAGAAGCUGCUGUAAAAUUCGAAAGUAUGUCGCCUGUGGAAUCUGUGAAUAGGGUUUUGGAGAUUUUGAGGGGUAUUUACGGUCCGAAAGGAAUUGCAGUUCCUGAUCCAGUUCAGGCGGUUUGUACUAGGUGGGGUCAAGAUCAGUUCUCGUACGGUUCGUAUUCUUACGUUGCGAUUGGAGCUUCGGGUGAUGAUUACGAUAUUCUUGCGGAGAGUGUGGGAGAUAGAGUUUUUUUCGCGGGCGAAGCAACUAAUAAACAGUAUCCGGCCACGAUGCACGGGGCUUUUAUGAGUGGGAUGAGAGAGGCUGCUAAUAUAAUGAGGGUGGUGACUAGAAAGAGAAUAGUUAAUGCCGAAGCUGCAAAAGUGAAUAAUAAUACUAUUACGAACCAUGAAAGAAAUGAUGUGGAUUUGUUGUUUGAGAACCCCUGAUUUGAAUUUGGGAGCUUUUCGGAUUCUGUGUG